CAAUUCAUAGCCUGAGGGAAUUGAAUUGAUCAAACAAUGGAUUCGUCGAAUCUCAGUUCACUACCCGAAGAGAGCUUAGAAGAAGAGCUAGAAAAACCGUCAAAACGGAGCGAAGCGCCGUUGCCCACCGCUUACGCCUCUGUUCCUCUUCGCUCUCCCUCUCAAAUCCCUAACCCGCUUAGCAAACUUGAAUUUGGAACUGGGGCCCCUGCUGAAUCCUACAAUCUUAUGGAAGAAGAUAACUCUUGGCUUGCUGCCAGGAGUUCUCUGCAAAAAUACUCACCUUUGGAUUGGUCGGGCUAUUUUGAUGAAGAGAAGGAUGUCUCCAUCCCUGAUUCAAAUGAUGUCUUUCAUGUAUAUAUGGCAGGAACAGAAGGACCAGUGGUUUUUUGCCUGCAUGGGGGUGGAUAUUCUGGGCUUUCAUUUGCUUUAUCAACUAGUAAAAUUAAGGAGAAAGCUCGGGUAGUUGCUUUGGACCUGAGAGGACAUGGAAAAUCGUCCACAGAAAAUGAUCUUGACCUCUCUGUUGAGACUAUGUGCAAUGAUGUUUUAGCUGUUGUAAAGGAAAUGUAUGGAGAAUCUCCUCCAGCAAUUGUGCUUGUUGGCCACAGCAUGGGAGGCUCAGUUGCUGUGCAUGUUGCUGCAAAGAAAAUAUUGAGUACCUUGGCUGGGCUGGUGGUUGUGGAUGUUGUAGAGGGAACAGCUAUGGCUUCAUUGAUACAUAUGCAGAAAAUCCUAUCAAGCAGAAUGCAGCACUUUUCAAGUAUUGAAAAAGCGAUUGAAUGGACUGUCAAAGGAGGUGCUUUGAGAAAUAUUGACUCUGCUCGUGUUUCUAUCCCUUCCACGUUAAAGUAUGAUGAUUCAAAGAAGUGCUAUGUGUAUCGUGCACAGUUGGAAGAAACUGAGCAAUAUUGGAGAGGAUGGUAUGAAGGGCUUUCGGAGAAAUUUUUGUCAUGUCCAGUCCCAAAGCUCUUGCUGCUAGCAGGAACAGACAGACUGGACAGACCUCUCACAAUUGGGCAAAUGCAAGGAAAAUUUCAGAUGGUGGUUGUGAGGCAUACUGGGCAUGCUAUACAGGAAGAUGCUCCUGAGAAAUUUGCGACACUAAUACUCAAUUUUAUAUCUCGUAACCAAAUUGGCCCUCAUGGAGUUGAGAUACCCGGACUCCGUCAACCAUUGCAGUCAUAAUCUUAACAACGAGGAGCCCCUUGCACACUGAAAUGACAAUGCUCUCUCUCGCUACUUUUUUCAGUAAGAAAGCAUCGUUUCUUAUUUAUGUCUGUUUUUUCUUUUUUACUUUAGUUCGGUGAAACUGGUGGAGCAUCAUGUAUGAUCAUAAAAAUAUCGUGCUAUGAGCAAAGGUUUAGUAAAUAUGGUUAGUGGUGUUCCUUUUGGUGUGAUUUUGUCUCUUGUUUUUAAGAAAUUAUGAGGCUGUUCGUUUAUUGUUAUUUUUAUUGUGUUUUAUGAGAAUUCUUGAAAUAAUGAAAAUUUUUUAUUUCAA